ACGUCACCUGAGUACAGGCGGAUCAACCGUUCCUAUUGGCCAAUAGUGACGGAUUUAAAACGAACUCGUCAUCUGGAGCGCCAUUCGCGUUAGUAAUGCGUUGUGAGGUGUACGUGUUGUUGUUACUUCUCCAGGCUUGCUUCUGGUCACGAGACGUCGACGGAUAUUCUUAUCGCAACAAUCGCACAUGGAAACCAAAGAAACAACGAUAUCCUGUCGUAUUAGUGCCAGGAGAUGGAGGUAGCCAACUCCAAGCUAAAUUGGAUAAACCAGAAGUUGUUCAUUAUUUUUGCAAUAAAAAGACAGAUAAUUAUUUUGACUUAUGGUUGAAUUUAGAAUUAUUGUUGCCUUAUGUUUUAGAUUGUUGGGUGGAUAAUAUGAGGCUAAUUUACGAUAACAAAACCAGGAUGACGACAAAUGCUCCGGGAGUUGAUAUCAGAGUUCCUGGAUUUGGAAAUACGUCGACAGUAGAGUUUUUAGAUCCGAGUCAAAUAUCUCCGAGUACUUACUUUAGUGCCAUUGUGAAUAUGUUAGUAAGUAAAGGUUAUACGAGAGGCGUAGAUGUCAGAGGUGCACCAUAUGAUUUUAGAAAAGCUCCAAAUGAACUUAAAGAUUAUUUAGAAAAUUUAGAAAAUCUCAUAGUGGAAACGUACAAAAUGAACGGUAGACAGAAAGUGUACAUAAUCUGUCAUAGUAUGGGAUGUCCUGUCUCUCUCUAUUUAUUAAAUCAGCAGAGUCAAGCGUGGAAAGACAAAUACGUUAGUGGAGUAAUUUCGCUUGCCGGAGCUUGGGGCGGAGCCGUUAAAGCACUGAAAGUAUUUGCUUCUGGUGAAAAUCUCGGAGUGGUCGUCAUUAAUCCGUUGACAGUGAGACCGGAACAGAGAAGCUCUCCCAGUUUGGCAUUCGUCGCUCCCUCCGACAAAUUCUGGAGCAAAGACGAUGUCUUGGUGAGCACCCCAAAAAGAAAUUAUACCGUCGACGACUAUCGUCAGUUUUUUGAAGACAUCAAUUACACGACGGGAUGGGAAAUGUGGAAGGAUGUCCGUGGACUCAUUCACAACAUGACUCCUCCAGGAGUCGAGAUACAUUGUUUACACGGAGCAAACGUCAGCACAAUUGAAAGGUUAUACUAUGCAGAUUUUUCAGAACAGCCGACCAUUUCUUAUGGUGACGGAGAUGGCACCGUCAACAUGAGGAGUCUCAGAGGUUGCCUGUUUUGGCAGGACCAACAGAAAGCCAAAGUCUAUCACAAAGGAUUCCAGAAUGUGGAUCACAUGGCCAUUCUGUCGGAUCCGCAAGUACUGUUUUAUAUUCAAAAAGUGUUAACGCUGUGAUCUCUCUCCGCGACCGACGAUUGUUAUAUAAAUUAUUUUCGUGUUGUAUAAAGUUUCUAUCUAUUUUCCUGCUAAAUAAAGUUUAAAAACGUUUUUA